AGAAUCUGUUUGGCCUGAUGGAAAACUAGCUCCACCACCUCCUGAAAGAGAUGUUAACAUUAAAAUGAGAACACGAGUUGCUGCUAGGAUGUCAAUGCUGGCCAGCAUAUCAGAUGAACUAAAAGCCAUUUUGGGUAGUCAAACAACUGCACGUGGGGUACUUGGUGUUUAUGACACUGUUCAGUGGCCUGCACUGAAUAAGAGGCUUGUGUAUGUACUCAUUGAAGGAUUUAUUGAGUCCCUCCUAUCAAAUCAAAACAAGAUUCCUCCAUUACUUAGCGAAUAG